UGUGUUGAUACUUUUCAACAAUACUGGUAGACUGCGAGGAUCUACUCAUAUAUAGUGUUUUGUGCUUUCUAAAUAAAACCAUGGCAGAAAGUGAAUGUACUAUCAAACUUGAUGAGUUGUUAACUGGGGUCCAAAAUGUUGCGACCCAAUCCGACAUGCCCAAUGUUGAAAAGCUACAAAAGAUAUGCUCGAUCAUGCAUCACGCAACAUCAAUCGUCAAAGAGUACCAGAGCAACGUUGAAGUUGUCACCAAAGACGUCGAUUUGGUAAGCAAUGCCGCCCAUGUAAUUGGGAACCAAAUCGCAUGCCUACAGAUAACAACCAACAACUAUUCCCACAAAAAAUUAGCAAACCGAUUAAAACCAAUUGUAAAAGCCUCAAGUAAACAAUGGCUCGAGUUAUUUGAUCCCUCCAUGUUGGGUUUAAAAAGUCCUCCGAUCAGCCAUAGUAUGUUUGCUACUUUCAAUCCUGAAACACCUGUAAUAAAAGUAAGGCAGAAACGGCAGAGGACCCAAAGGGAUCCCGUUGAAACCAAAUCUGCUUGUCCUGAUAGCAUAGAUAAGGCUGAACAAACCGAAGAAACCUCAGCAAUUCUGGAAAAAGUUAAGAGCCAAAUCAUGAGACUCUUCAAAGACAACAAAAUGAAACCCAUAAAAUACUUUCAAAUCGUUCUAGACCCUGAAGACUUUUGGAAAACCGUUGACAAUAUUUUCCAAGUAUCAUUUCUAGUUCGAGAUAGAGCUGUGGAGCUCUUUGAAGAAAAUGAAGAAUUGUGGUUGAGGCCUUUGAAAAAGUCUCGGACUAAUGAACAGCACUCAGAUGAUGAACAACACUCGGGUGAUGAACAGCAAGUCAUUAUGAGCAUCGACAUGGAGAAUUGGAGAGCUUUGGUAAAAAAAUAUGAUGUGAAGAGGCCUAUGAUAAAUAUAUCUGAUCGUUUUAAAGGCAAAAGAUAA